UGUUAUUAUCUUCGAAAUCAAGAUCGUAUCUUUUUACCAUUUAACCGAAAAAGAUGACAGCUCAGGGGUCGUCGAUCGUCAGUCAUUGUCUGAUGGUUGUCCUCCCCGACAAAUGAUUCCCACUAAUCUACCGUGCAACUACCGUGCAACCGCCGUUCAGAUCGCCAACGGAUACGAGUCUCAGCUUAGUCAAAGGAGUAGAAAGAGAGGAAAAAGGGUCCGCGGAGCACGGACUGAUAGGGAUAGGCCCCGCUCGUUGGGUCUCGAUCCCCCCCAAAUCCAUCCUCUUCUCACGUCCUUCGGCCUCCCGCCGCCCCAUGGCUCACCACCACCACCAACACGUGCCGCCACCCCCGACCCCCUGUUGCUGCAGCAGCUCCUGCUGCCGCUCCGGCGCAUCCCACCACACGCCGCCUCAGCCACUAUUAGACCCGCUCGUCGAAGCCCUCAUUUCGCGCCUCCUUCAACCACCUCCUCCUCCUCCUCCUCAGGAGCCCCGCAAACCAUUCCCUCGGACCCACCAAGAAACAAGCUUUAGUCAACCCCAUCACCACCACCCGCAACAGCAGCUCCGGCAUCACCCACAUUCCAUCUCCUCUCUCCUCGAUCGCAUCGAAGCUCUGGAAUCCUCUCUCCAUUCCUUCUCCAUCUCUCCUCCUUCUCCUGCUUCCGGUCACCGCCGUCGGUGUUGUUCUCUCAGGGACGCGGCGGCUCGCAUCAUCCAGGGCCACUUCCGAGCCUUCCUCGUCCGCAGAUCCAGAGCCCUCCGAGACCUCGAGCACCUCGCUUCCAUCAAGUCCGCCUCCCUCGCUCUCCGGUCCUCCGUCUACGCCUCUUCCCACCUCGAUCUCGAUCGCGUCUCUCGGAAGAUCACCGCCCUGCUGCUUCAGCUAGAUUCCAUUCAGGGUAAUAGUCCUGUGAUAAGAGAUAGUAAGAGGAAGAUUAGCAGGGAUUUGGGUUGCUUGUUGGAGUACAUUGAUAGUCUUGCUGUGAAAAGAUAUGAGAUUUCUUAUAAAGCUAAGAAGUGUGUGAAAUCUGUGGGAGGUAGAAGCAAAGCGAAGGACUUGAGGGAUCAGAGAGAAGUGGUUAAUAACCUGAGGACGAGGGUCGAGAGGGUCCGCGAGUUGUCUAGGGCUUUAGAGAAUGAUGCUGGGGAAGAAGUGGAGCUUGAAGGGUUCCACAAUUUCGGCGAUGGGGAAGUGGACAAUGGGAGGGUGAGCAGGGCAUCGGGGAAAAGGCAUGGAGUGAAGAAAGUUGUGAGCUUCGCGGAGGAUGGAAAUGUGUAUAGGAUCAUCAGCAGCAAGUCUGACGAGGCAAGCUCGAGCGGGGAUGAUCGGGAUGGUAUUGGUGGUGGAGAGGUUUUGGAGGAUUUUCGAGAGCUUGAAGAGAUGAAGGGCUCUUCUUAUGUGGCUGAGGAUGAUGAUGACGAUGAUGAAGAGGGAGAAGCUGAGAAGGAGAGUGGGGAGUCUCUGGAGAGCAGCGAUGGAGAAAAGCACCAGGGAAGGGUGAGGAGUGGAGGUGAAGUGGACAGUGGUGGAGGAUAUAAGGGCCAGACCAGUAAGUUCAGAUUCUCUGCUCCAGUACCUGAGAAGAUGGAAUCAAGAGCUGAUUUGGUGAAGAACAGAAAGAAUGUGAAGAUUGUAACCUCACAGCAAUAAGCCAAGAAAACUUGCAAUCUGACUUCUGGUUCCGGCAAUUAUGCAGCUCUUGACUUGGCCAUUCGAUUACGGUCCUUGGCACCCCGGUGAUUGUUUCUUUAGCUUGAUUGGGAUUUGGCGAAUGCUGUAGACGCGGGCAUUGGUGGUUGUGGUAAUCUUCUUUGUUUUUUAGGUUGGGCAGAACAUCACAUUUUUCUUCAUGGACAUCCUGUGGCUGUGUAACACGUAAUGCCUGCUCUUGCCUUGUAUGCUGUUGCUGCUUUGAUCAUUCUGUGAGAGAUUGAACAUUGCUUUCUUUUUCAUGGGACAUCCCAGGGCUGUAACAUCUAUGCCGGUGUUAACUUCUCAUGUUCUGAUUAAGUGCGACUUGCGAUCCCCAUGUGUUAUGGUAUUAUGGUAUCCUCCUCGCUCUCUGAUUCUUCACCGACUGAGAUAUGGGGAGGCAGUCUCAAAUCUCUCAAAAGGAAGCAUCCAAUUCCGCCCUGCGAUACUGAACAAGUGCCUAACGUUCUGCCAAACUUUGUGCAUCCGAUGAACACAUGCAUUAGGAAAGCUCAGCUCUGUUCUUGAGGCUGAGCUUGAAGACUGCAUAUAAAUCCUGCAGAGGUGGUCAUAAUUUCAGACAAAUGAAAGUAGAAGUAGACUGGUUUUUUCCUACACUGUCUCCGCUGUCCUCCAUGGGGGAUUAUAGACAGAUUAACGAGCUGAAGCUGCCAAGUCAGACCAUCGUUGCCAAGAUUACAUCAACUUUUGACCAAUAGAGUAA